GCUGAUUCAUUAGCAUCGAGCGGGACUUUCUUUUAUAAAACGCAAAUCUCUGGCAACGACAGAGUCAGUUGUCUUGGAUCUUUCACCCGGUGCAGUCCUCUGCACUAGCUCCUGUUUUAGAUUUCAACUUAAUUUUAAAGAGAAGAGUAAUUUUAUUCUUAAAAAGGCAUUUUAUUUCAAAAUGUGGUGGAUUUUACUGUUGUUACCCACUGUGGUUUGGGCUCUUCCUCCUAGUCCUAAUGCCAUUAGCAUCUUACCGAAUGGUGUAUGUGGCAACCAGUUUGCAUGCAAACCGACUUCACAGUGUUCUGUUUGGUAUGCCGAAUUAAAUGCACUUCCACCGAAACCUUGCUCGGAUCCUCGAGGAGUCGUCGGUCUCUGCUGCCCUGAUGUUGUUCACGUUAAAUCCACUGCCAUCAAAUACCCGGAGGUUCCAAUAAUUCGCUUGCUUCCACCUCUUACACCUGUCCCACCAGCAAUUUUGGCAAAUACUGCCCGAGCAGCUCGUACAGAUUUGAUACACAUGAAAGUUAUCGAGGAAAAUCUCAGUCGUAACCAAAUGACGAUGAGUUUUAACUCAAUGGCUUGGGCUCACUCUUCCAACAUGGCUCCGUUGGAAAUGGCCGGCGUCCAGGGUGAAAGAGCUCUUUUGGUGGUCAAUGUCGCCCGACGUUUGCAGGACAGUUUGAGACUUUCACCGGAACAGGCCGGACUUGGACUCCAGGCGAUCGACACACGGUUGAGUUUACUCGGAGACACGUGCCCCAUACUCCCUGCUUGUGUACCGAUUAAAUAUCGAUCUUUUGACGGAACAUGUAAUAACCUACGACAACCUUCCUGGGGAAGUGCUUUAUCGCCGUUAGAACGACUGGCCCCACCGGAAUACGAUGACGGUAUUUGGGAACCCAAAAUUAGAAAAUUUGGUCAAGAGCUUCCCAGUGUGCGAGUUGUCAGGAGCGUUCUAGUCACAGACGAAAAUCACCCAAAGGUAGACAUGACGCACAUGCUUAUGCAAUGGGGGCAGUUUUUGGAUCACGAUAUGAUUCACGUUCCAGUCUUUCGUACAGCCAAUAGAUCAAACAUUGAAUGCUGCACUAGGGAGGGUGGAACCAUUCCUCCUGAAAUGCGCCAUCCUCACUGUUUCCCGAUUGAUAUUCCAAUCAAUGAUCCCUUCUAUGGUCCUAGAGGUGUGAGGUGUUUGAACUUCGUUCGAUCCAUGAUUGCUCCUCGGUUAGAUUGCCGAGUUGGUUAUGCGGAGCAAAUGAAUCAGCUUACCCACUUUAUUGAUGCGUCGCACAUAUAUGGACCAUCACCAGAUAUCGCUUCCAGUUUACGUGAGUUCGUUGGAGGACUCUUGAAAAUUUCGGUUAUCGAGGGCCGUCCUUAUCUUCCUCAAAAUCCUCAAGCUAGAGGCUGCAUUCGUACCAAUGGCUUUGCUUGUUUUGUAUCAGGUGAUACACGUGUGAAUCAGAUUAUGGGACUGACUGCUUUGCACAUCCUAUUCCUUCGUCAACAUAAUUUUUUGGCUUCAGCGUUGGCUGCUCUCAACCCUCAAUGGAACGACGAAAUCCUGUAUCUCGAAGCUCGACGAAUUGUUGGUGCCUUAAUGCAGCACAUCACCUAUAACGAAUUCUUGCCCACUUUACUCGGUCGACUGACAAUGGAUACCUACGGAUUAACACCACAGACAUCUGGCUACUCACCUAGUUACGACGAAAAUGUUAAUCCAUCUAUUACUAACGAAUUUGGCGCGGCUGCUUUCCGAAUGGGACACUCGCUCAUCCAAGGUGCAAUGAAUUUAGUGGCGGAAGAUGGUACGGUUCGGGUGGAAUUGAUGAGACACUGGUUCGAUAAUCCACACUUGCUGCGUCAAGCUGGUCUUAUGGACGCUGUAUUACGUGGUCUGGUUGAUCAGUGGCCCCAAAAUAUGGACGAGUGGGUCUCUGAGGACGUAACGAAUCACCUCUUCCAAAGCGCUAAACGUGAUUUCGGAUUUGACCUUGUUUCAUUAAACAUUUGGCGUGGUCGUGAUCACGGUCUCCCAGGUUAUAAUACGUAUCGUCAAGUCUGUGGUUUACCCCGUGUGACUAACUUUCAGGAGCUCUUGACAAUCAUGGAUCGUUCAGUGGUGGAUCGUUUGGCUUCAGUUUACCGCUCAGUCGACGACAUUGACCUUUUCAUUGGUGGUCUUGUUGAAAGUCAUUUGCCUGGUUCAAUGCUCGGUCCAGUUUUCUCCUGUAUCAUUGCUGAUCAGUUUGCUCGUUUAAAGGAAGGUGAUCGCUUUUUUUUCGAGCACGGGGGACAUCCUAGCUCAUUCUCACCAGCGCAACUACAGGAGAUCCGUCGAAUGAGUUUAGCUGCAGUAAUUUGCGACAAUGCGGAUCAAAUCAUUAACAUUCAGCCAUUGGUAUUACGCCAACCAUCUCCCACGAAUCUUCGCGUCAACUGUAAAUCUCCGAUGAUUCCUCGCAUGAAUCUUGCUGCAUGGAAACAGUAAUUGGCAUUGGCUAAUCAGCGCUUCGACUUUUGUAUAAAUAACCAACCCUAACAUUGUACAGCCCCUUUUAAGAUAUAUGAAUGAUUUCUUGAACAGUGAAUAACAUUUAUUUAAUCACAUUAAUGACACUAGUGGCUGUAUCUAUGAUAUGAACGGUACACUUAAUUACUAACAAAUUUAUAAAAUACAUUAUUCAAUCAUAAA